AUGGAGACUGAAAACAUCGUCAAGGUUUGGCGCAUAGUGGCCCCGACGGAAGACCUGAACCACGCAGACAUUGACGAACUGAUCGGCCCACGUGGUUUCUGCUACCACUCCGACAGCCUCUCUCCUGCCGUCUCGUUGGCCUUUCAUGGCUUCGUCCAGCCUCAUCGCAUCUUUCUACACGCUUUCGGGACCGCUGCCGACGCCCCAGCACUCACGAUCCUCACAGACCCUGGGCCCAAUCUCGCGACCGGAGGCUUGGCAUGUCCGGAGCAGACCAAUCAGCGCCGUGAUGCGACCAUUUUGAGGUCCGACCAGCAACACUUACGCUUUUUUCAGCAGUCUCUCUUUUUUUCUCGCUGGGCGGCAAACUCGACGGUGCCGGACGCGACACCCCUAGUACCUGGCACUGACAACAUAUUCGGAUGA